CGGAUUUUUGAAUCCUGACUACAGAUCCAUCUAGGCUACACACCACUCUUAGUUUAGAUAAGAAAAAUGCUCAAGACAGUUUUGAACGUGUUGCUGGGAAUUAUAGCAAAUCUUGGCAUAGAGUGGAUGCGCAGUUACUCAGGCCUUGACGCAAAGAUGAAGACUCUAGAAAGAAGAAUUGGUGUGCUGACCAAAAAAGCACGUGACAUACACAUGACAAUAAGACAUGAGCAAGACCUACAUUCAGGAUAUAAAAGAAAGAGGGAAGUUGGGGAUUGGUUGAAAAAUGUAAAAAGAAAGAAAAUGAAAUACCAAAGCCUGAAAAGAGAUUACCAGAGGAGACCAUUUCGUUCGCGUAUUUCAUUGGCACAGUACGUUGAUGCAAUGAUUCAGGAGGCAUCAGAUCUUCUUGAACAAGGGUCAUUUUGCAGUGGCUAUAUGAUUACUGUCCGUGAGGAGAGCAAGCCCUUGGUAACAGAAGAGCUGAUAGGCCAAUCAGUUCAACAAAAUUUGACAGACACACGGGCUUUGUUAAUGGAUGACAAGGUUUCAUGCAUUGGGAUCUAUGGUAUGCCUGGAGUAGGCAAGACAGCUGUAGCAAGUCAUAUCCAUAACCAGCUAUUAAAAGAAGACAAAUUUUUGAAGCAUGUAUAUUGGUUCAGUGAUGCUAAUUCUGAAGUCUCCAAAUUGCAGGACGACUUGGCGACAGUCUUGCGUCUCGAUCUCCCAAACAUGGAUGUUGGUGAUGAUAGGAGGGCAGCCAAAUUAUCCUCGGCAUUAGAGAGGAAGAACAAGUUUGUGAUCAUACUUGACGGUUUAUUGACGCCUAUUGAUGUCGGAACGGUAGGAAUUCCUCUAGGAAAAGAAGGGAGGAAGUUGAUUGUGGUUAGUCGAUCAUUGGAUGUAUGCAACAAAACGGGAUGCCAAAAGGAAAUUAAGGUGGAACCUCUUUCUGCCGAUGAAGGUCGGAUGCUGUUUAUGGAGAAACUUCGUAGUAGGGACCAAGAGCUCCCACCAGAUGUCCUAGAGAUUUCCAGGUCUAUUUCAGAAAAGUACGGAGGUUUGCCGCUUGGGAUCAUCGCUAAGGCGAGAAGCAUGAUAGGGGCUAAUGACAUUCGUGAGUGGAGAGAUGCAUUGGCAGAGAUGGAAGAACGACCAGAUGGCAAGGUUUUUGAGGUAAUGAAAAGCAGUUUUUAUGGCUUGAGAAAUGAAAGGUGGAAGACCAGCUUCUUGCAUUGCUCUAUCCUCUUGAAAGAUGAAACAGUUCCAAGGGAUGAAGUAGUUAGAGGGCUCAUCUCGAAAGGAUUUCUAGACAGAAGAUGCAGAGAAGCAAAGCUUGAUCAGGGUCAUACCAUACUCAAAGCACUCGAGAAGGCUUGUUUACUGGAUUGUGUUGUGAAUGAUGGAGUGGAUUGCUUGAAGAUGCAUCCUUUGAUGAGAGACAUGGCCACUGAGAUAAUGAAGAGUGAUCCAACCUACAUGACAUAUCAACAGAAUGCCAUAUCCCAGUGACCAUGCUAUGCUGUUAAUCGGUUGGAGUUGGACAAGCGAAAACGUUCCUGGAGGUUCAACUCAGAAGCCAGAAAUUUGCUCUUUCGACCUUGUCGA